AUGAAUAACAGCAACGAUAUUUAUCAAGCUAUGUUCAAUUAUCCGUUAUCUGACUCACCAUAUCGAAUUGCAAAAACAAAGAAAUUUAAUAAAGUGGCUAGUUACCUAAAAUAUCGAUUGUCGAUGGAAUGUGUUCAAGCUAUUAGAAAAAAUAAUACUGUGCUUGUCAAAAAGUUACUAAUUGCUGGGGCUAGUCCUGAUAUGCAUGAUACUGAUAGUAUAAGUGAAGCAUUGAAGCAUCAAAAUUUGGAAUUGAUUCAAAUCCUCUGUGAAAGUGGAGCGAAAAUGCCUGAUGAAUGGCUUAAAACAGAAACAAUUACACUUUCACUAGCUAAUUCUCAACAAAUGAAACCUGAUAUCGCGUAUCGAAUCAAUCAUUGUCUAAUCGAUAGACGGCUCCGGUUUGCAGCAGCCAAUGGUGAUCUUGCGGGCGUAAUGAAAUGUCAACAUCUUGGUGCUGACAUAAAUUCCAAAAAUUGUUAUGGUUCAACUGCACUCUUAUAUGCCAUUAAAUAUGGAAAUUAUUUUUCGAUAGUUCAUUCGUUAGUUUCUCGUGGUGGAUCAAUGUUACAUGAGAAUGAGGAUGAGCCGAUGUCAUUGAUUGAUCUUGCAAAACAGCAACAGUUUGAACAGAUUGCUGAUUAUCUGUCCAAAGAAUUAAACAUACAAUUUCUGACGACGAUUCUUAAUAAUGAUCGCGAUGGUGCAGACAAAUUUGCAAAAUUGGGAGCCAAUGUUAACUAUCAAGAUGAACAAGGACGUAUGGCAUUACAUUAUGCUGUACAAUAUCAUGGUAUCGAACUGGUUAAGUGGUUAUGUGAGUAUAAUUGCAGUCCGAACCUCGCUGAUAUCUAUGGUGACUAUCCAAUUAUUCAAGCAACCAUGAAAGGCGACUAUGCCGUCGUCGAAUUAUUUGUUACUCAGUAUCCUGCAACAAAACAGCAAACUAGUAAAGAUGGUCUAACUGCUUUAAAAAUCGCUCAAAAACUUAAAUUUCCACGCAUUGCUCAACUAAUAGAAACAGGAAAGUCUGUACCAGCGCCAAAUGAUUCAUCGUCUGAAUCCAAAGAACCUGUCCAUAGUUACGAAGUACUUGUAGAAGCAUCUCGAAAUGGUCGCAUAAAAAUUUUACAAGAGUUUUGCCAACAACGUUACAAAUCAAUAGAGCAAAAGAAACAAAUAUGCGAGCAACUGAUAGACAUCGCGAAAAAAGCAAAUCAAUACGAAAUCAUAAAUAUUCUUGAACCCUACUACAAUAAGACAUUGAAAACGACAUUGCCCUCGGAUAUUGAAAUCGGUGAAGUCGUUACUCUAAGAGAAGAUUAUAAGAAAAUCUUGCUUGCAUGCUUGUGUGGUCUCAGUGACGUAAUAACUAAUAGCUCUGUUGUACUCGAUCCUACAGAUCCUAAUACAUAUAGAGAAUUUUUCUCUGACCUGUCAGUAAAUACUAAAAAACAUUCACGCGAUCUUCAAACUAUUGGUAAUGAACAAGAUGUGAAAACAUUGAUUACAAAAGACUCGGAAAGUACUGGUGAACAUUUAGCAAAAAUUAACAGUCAAUUAAAACAAUCAAUGGACCAUCAAAAAAGUCUAACGGCCAGAAUUAAAGAUAAAAAUGAAAAAUUAUCGAAAGAGCACGAUCUAUCGCCUUUGAAACUUAAACAAUUGUUUGAAGAAAGAGAAAUGCAAAAGAAACAGUUAGCUACUUAUGAAUGUUCAAUAUUAUUAUAUCAACGUCAACUAGAAUCUAAAUUGAGUAGGCAAAAUACAAUUAAUUUCAUUAAAAACAAUUCAAAUAUGUACCUAUUCUAUCGGACGAUUGAAAAUCGGUUGGAAGCGCUGUUUCACAGUGUUCUGGCAGCUCAAGGUGGCUAUUUGCAAACGACACAAACUUCGAAGUAUGGAACCGCAGCAAGUGUUGUCAAUAUGGUACCGACAUCUAUUUUUCCGUUCUCGGACGUGAUUGUCGGAGCUGUGAAAUGGACAUUUUCCAGUGUUCUUUCAAAAUUAGAUGAAAAAGCACAAAAAAAAGAAUGGCACAAUAUUUCCACGUUAGGUAACAUUGAAGAGCUCGGACGAAUAGCAUCGGACACAGCUGGCCUUUUGACACUCUAUUAUAAAGAACAAAUACAGUCGAUUGAUGUGAAGGGGAAAAUUAAGGGUAGCAACGUUUUUAAUGAUAAAAUAAAAUGGAUCAAAGAUGUCUUUUACGAUGUUCGACCAGAAGGUUCUGAAGAAAUGGCUGUUGUUAUUGUUGCUGAAUAUGUCACUGCUUGGCUUCUCGAUGCAUUGAAAUCAGGCAUACAAGUAAUUAAUCCAACAGAACCAUUACCGCAACAACUUUGGCUCUAUGUAGCUAAGACAGAUCCCAUUGAUCAAGGAAGAGUAACAAAAGUAACGAACGUUCUCGUAGUUUCAUCAGGACAACAAAAAAUUCCUUUGAGAAUAAAGAACGAUCCAGAUAAAGAAAUCAUUGUACAAGUGCAAUUGCGCUAUCUGAUUGGCUGUGUUACGGUAGUUGGUGCCGAUGGAAUCAUUUAUCAGUAUCCUAUAUCUAAAGAUUCUCCUAAAGACAUAGAAUUAAACGAUUUGGAAAAUUUCGGUUAUGUGUAUUUUGUACCUUUCUCAUCGGAUGACAACGACCUUAAAGCGAUUAUUAAUGGAAGAAAAUUGACAGAAGUUGAUAGAAAUCAAAAUAAAGAUAUUACGACGCGAUUCGAUGAUAUUUUGGAACCUGCAAAAACUUAUCAAAGGCAAAGUAAUGAGCAAGCACGACAAUCAUUCAUUACAACUGAAACAACCAAAGAAGUGGCCAAAGAAAAACUUGAAAAAGCACGAUAUGAUAUUGAAUCGAGUGUUGAUAAUUUGAGAGAAGAUAUUAAACAGAAAACGGACUUUUAUCAAACGUCAAUCGAUGCUGCUUUUGAACAAAUCAAAAACGAAUCGGCCGUCAACCGAGAAACAAUGAAAAAAGACAAUCAAGAACGCUACGAACAAGUAUGGAGAAAAUUGAGUGAACAAUUAAAAGAAACCGAAGGACGAUUAGAAAAACGAAUUGAACAGCGUUUGAAUGAUAUCGAAAUGUUUUUGCAAGAAGAAUGUAAGCAAAUGCGAGCAAUCGUCGUAGUGGCACAAACAGACGCAAGUAAAGCGCAAUUACAAGCAGAUGAAGCAGCUAAGACAAGUAAACUCUCUGCUCAACAAGCAACAGAAGCCAAAGAUUAUACUCAAAAAUUAGUAGCAAGCACAGAAGAGCGAAAAUGUGAACUUCAAGCCGUAGCCGAUAAAUGCGAAGCUCUAGUCAAACAAACGGUUACUCAACAGAAAGAGCUUUUAGAACGUUCAAUUUUAGAAAUACGCACAAAAGUUCAACAGGACUUUGAGCGUACUAAACAAGCAGCCCAAGAAUCGGCCAUCAGUGCGAAAGAAUCAGCACGAGCCGCCAAAGAUACUGCGUCAGCUGCUCAGGAAACAGUGAAAGUAAUGAAAGAUCAGCUAGAAACGCAGAAAGAUGAAACAAGAAAGAUCAUCGCAAAUAAUAAAGAUCUUGUCAAACAAAUGGAUCGAAUGAGUGAUGAAGCACGUCAAACCGAGAAAGAAACAAAGCGAUCAGCUGAUGCAUCUGUCACUGCAUUGGAAAAAGUUAAUAAUAUGUAUCCUAAAAUGGAGAAAGCACUGGAUCAACUCGAAAGACUAGCGAAGAAAAUUGAAACGAAGUAA